AUGAGGACCAGAGAAGUGGAGAUAAACGAGGACUGCGCUGCACAAAAGCACUUGGCGGCCUGUGAAAGGGAAUGGAUGCGUGAGAACUUUGCAAAUGACAAAAAAGCUGGAAAUGCAUCCAGUCCGAAAAUUAAGGAACACGUCACAGGGUACGACAUCAAAGUAAAGACGUUUGCAGACAUGCUGGCUUUGGGCGCAGAGCGUAGGAUGAGGUGGAGAAUGAGACAUGAAGAAUUCAUUCACACAAUUAAAACGGCAAAGGCAAAUACGCAGAGGGAACAUGAUGGAUUUCCAGGCUUUGUUGAGCCAUUAUCACCAGAGGUUGCUCAAGCAGGCUUGACCCAGUGCGAAUGUUGUGGACGAAGGUUCAAUGAUGCAGCCUUUAUGAAACACAAAGAUCAGUGCAAAGCCAAGCAAACAAGCGUACAAUCUGACCAAACCGAGGAACAAAAGGAGGCCAAAUUGCGCUUCCUUAAAAGAAUGAAGUACAACCUUAAGUUAACGGGUAAAAUGAAGACAGAAGGGAAAUUGGAAGAAGAAAAAGGGGUAGGCGAGCCUCCUAAAACAGAUUCUGAAGAAAUGGUCUCCUUCGCAGCCAAUGAAGCACCAAUCUCUCCACGGGAGUCCGAAUUACUUAAUAAAUUGGCUACUAAACUCUGCCAUAAUGUGGACUUCUCUAAGACACUUUCCUCGGACUUAUUACAAGCAAACGUUUUCAACAAGCUUGUUCAGCGUAACUUGUCCGCCCUCCUUGCCAAUGCACCACUGCAAAUAACCACUUCUCUUCCGUUCUUUUCUGCCUCCUCCCUCGAGUCGACAUCAGCUGCACCUUCAGCAGUCAUCGACACUGAAAAGUCCCUAGCCAUAUUGAGAUCUAAGCAGCAGCACGAGAAGCUGGUGCAGCCUCAGCCCUCCAAUAGUGGGACUGCCGAGCGAGUUGAUGCUGUGACAGUUCAUGGGAAGACCUCUAUUCCCAGCGCUCCUGCCAACACUGUCAGUUCUUCUCAUCGCACCGGUUCCCACAGACCAAUUAAGCCACCACCGACAGUCGUCAACAAUUUCAUGAACGACAUGAACGGUGAAGACACUUCUCGAAGGGAGUAUACUGAACGAGAAGAGAGGGUUACAGGGAGUGGAGGGUUCGGUGGCGCCAGCGGUUGUGGAAAGGGAAAGUGCGAAAAACCAGAAGUCAUGGUGAUGCUGGAAAACAGUGAACAGCUGAAUAAAUCUUACCCUCACAAUCAAAAGCAUGGCAUGAGGCGAAGAGAGUCGCAUAAGAUUUCAGACGGCGAUCAAAACUCGCGUGUAGUGUUUUACAAGUUCAAUUCCACUAGUACAGACAUCUCCCAGGACCAGAAAACUUCGCAAAAGACGGAUGGAGAGGGUAACGCCACGACGGUGAUGGUGCGGGAGGGCGGCGUGAGCAGCCUCCCCUCGCGGAUGCCAGUACAGGAGAUUGAAGCAGCUGGUGUGCCACCCUACCAGCGGACGCCAAGCGCACGCAGUUCAGCACAUAGCGACGUCGCCUACGACUCCCAGUCACUGGUUCUCAGGUUACUGUGCCAUUACGCUCGCUCACCUACUUGUACGCAUUCAUGGGUAUACCUGGCGUAG